UAAUCCAAUCCAAUCCGCACCUUAAAUUUCCAAACAAACAUGGCUUUUAGUUGUCCAUGAUCCGCAGUGUCCGCAGCAUAUCGCCGUAUCUGGUGAAACGUUUUGUGGCGUGCUACGGGACGAUUAAAUUAACGUGACUGUUCUUUGGUGAUAUCCGGCAUGGAGUACGAUUAUCAGGUUUGCGAGGACUCGGACAGCGAAGGCUACGACAGUAGCAGUUCUGAAGAUGCCUUCGAAGCUUACAUUCGCCAGAAGUAUCUGUCCCAGCCUGCUCAGGCAGAUGAUUUCGACAAGGAGAUGGAAGACGAGCUCUCUGCUACGCUUAAAGUCUUCGAACAGAGACAGCUGUUCGACGCCGCUUCUACGGAUUCUGGAAUCGGCGCUGGUCGGUCCCGUCAACAACUAGCGGUGAAAGGUCAGCAAGCACACACCACUGAGAAACCAGGCCAGUCAGGAGGUGGCCUCCAAGAUGCAAAGACGGAGAGUCGCGAAGCACAAGACUCUGUGCAGAUGACUGCAGCGGACGGCACAGCACCCAAGGUGAAAGAAGAUGGUGACAAAAAGGCCGAGAAGAGCGGUCCGUCUAACGAUGACCUCUUCUAUGAUCCAGAAAUGGAUGACGAAGAUGAAAAAUGGGUUAACGAACAACGGCGAAGCUGCAUAUUUCCUAAUGAGUCUAAGCACGAGGAUGGUGGUAAAGUCAAGCCAUUGCCCCAGAGUGAUGCCGUCCUUAAUUGUCCGGGCUGUAUGACGCUUCUCUGCCUCGACUGUCAGCGGCAUGAAAUCUACAACACACAGUACCGUGCCAUGUUUGUGAAGAAUUGUGUUGUCGACAGAAAAGAAACGCUCAGAUGUCUUCCGUCGAGGUCAUCUAAACGCCGCCAUCUUCCUGAAGGUGUAAAUGACCCCCGCGACAUCUUCAACCCUGUGCGUUGCCAAGUUUGCAGAACAGAAGUUGCAGUGUACGACAGUGAAGAACUGUACCAUUUCUUUAAUGUCAUUGCUAGCUUUCCGUAAGCGAUGAAUUCCUUGUCUGACUCAACUGUUUUAAGGGCAUGUACAUAGACCACUGUAAAUAAAAGCUCACAAAGUGCUC